AAACGCACCAUAACACAUUCGGACACAUUCUAUUUUCACUUGGUCGCGACACUUUCAAAACACCAUGCGAAGGAUGGCACAGGAGAUACGACCUACCAAGGAGAAGAGCUCCUGGAUGUUAAGUUGGCUUCCCUCUUGGUGCCCUACGUCUCCCUCUCAGCUAAAAGAUGCAGAAGAAAAAAUGCUCAAGAGUGUGAAGCAGACUUUCUCCAGGCAGCAUGUCCAGAUAUCCAACGGCAACUAUCUGUGGACAUUAGCUUUUUCCACUCGGCUGCAGCCAUGCUCUCUCCACCAGCCCAGACCUCCUCUGGUCCUGCUGCACGGUUUUGGAGGCGGGGUUGCACUAUGGGCCCAAAACUUGGACACUCUCUCCAGCAGUGGUCCGGUCUACGCUCUGGACCUGCUGGGCUUCGGCAGAAGCAGCCGCCCUGUGUUCAGCACCGACCCAGAGGCGGUUGAGGAACAGUUUGUGGCAACCCUGGAGGAGUGGAGGGAGAAGGUGGGACUGGAGGAAAUGGUGCUGCUGGGACACAACCUCGGAGGAUACCUGUCGGCUGCCUACACACUCAAAUACCCACACAGGGUAAAACAUCUGCUGCUGGUGGAGCCGUGGGGGUUCCCAGCUCGUCCAGAUAACCCCAACCACAACUCCAUCCCUGUGUGGAUCAGAGCCAUGGGGGCUGUUAUGAGCCCCUUCAACCCUCUGGCUGGACUCAGACUGGCUGGGCCUCUAGGUCCAAUGCUGGUCCAGACAGUCAGAUCAGAUUUCAAGCAGAAAUACUCUUCUGUGUUUGAUGACAACACGGUAUCUGACUACAUCUACCAUGUGAAUGCUCAGACCCCAAGUGGAGAAACAGCCUUUAAGAACAUGACCAUUCCCUAUGGCUGGGCUAAGAGGCCCAUGCUGGAGAGGAUCGGCCAGGUUGAGGCUGACAUUCCCAUUUCAUUCAUCUAUGGAUCACGCUCCAGCAUCGACAGUGACUCCGGAUGUGCGCUCAAGAAGACCAGACCAGAUGUGGAAAUUAGGGUGAUCAGAGGAGCAGGCCAUUAUGUUUUCGCCGACCAGCCUGAUGACUUCAACCAGGCAGUCCUUCAGAUCCUGACGAGGACAGAGAAGGAAAAAUGAAGGAGCAAGAGCUCCCUAGUUGAGAUGACACAGUGUCUAACUAAACCAAACACAUUACGCAGCAGCAGUUACAGGUACUUUACGCCUCUUUAUCUUCCCUUUACUCUGAAGAGACCCAUCACUAACUGAGGACACUUAGGCUCGAGGCUUUGGGGUCAAAAGGUCAUAUGAUCCCAUGGGUUUCUUUAUCCAUCUUCAUGUAAAGGAGUUGUUGUAAAUAAAUGUGAUAUGCAGUC